AAGGGCCUGGGCAUGUCCCAAGGGUCUCAGUGUCGGUGCCCUCUGUCCACCACUCAAGGGAGGACACUGCCUGUGUCCGCCGUGGCCAGACCUCGCUCCCUACACACACACACACACACACACACACACACGCACACACACUCGCGAACGCACACACACGCACACAGUCUUAGGACCCUGCAAACCCCUCCUUGAGGCUGGGGCAAAGGUGCCUUCGCCAGCCACCCCCUGACCUGCCUCCCCACCUCCUGGCUUUUGCCCACAGGCCUCACCCCUUUUGGCCGUUGAAAUGCCCCACUCUGGGGGCUCUGUCCUCUGCUGCCUCCUUGCCCGAGCCGGGAUGGGUGACGGCAUGGGGCUGCCCAGAAGCCCCAGGGUACCCCUGACCGGCCCUGCCCCUGCCCCCAGGAUAUUGACAAGCAGUACGUGGGCUUCGCCACGCUGCCUAACCAGGUGCACCGGAAGUCGGUGAAGAAGGGAUUCGAUUUCACGCUCAUGGUGGCUGGUGAGUCGGGCCUGGGGAAGUCCACACUGGUCCACAGCCUCUUCCUGACCGACCUGUACAAGGACCGGAAGCUUCUCAGUGCUGAGGAGCGCAUCAGCCAGACGGUGGAGAUCCUGAAGCAUACGGUGGACAUUGAGGAGAAGGGCGUCAAGCUGAAGCUCACCAUUGUGGACACGCCGGGCUUUGGGGAUGCAGUAAACAACUCUGAGUGCUGGAAGCCCAUUACCGACUACGUGGACCAGCAGUUUGAGCAGUAUUUCCGCGACGAGAGCGGCCUCAACCGCAAGAACAUCCAAGACAACCGGGUGCAUUGCUGCCUGUACUUCAUCUCUCCGUUUGGGCACGGGCUGCGGCCGGUGGACGUGGGUUUCAUGAAGGCCCUGCAUGAGAAGGUGAACAUCGUGCCCCUCAUUGCCAAAGCUGACUGUCUGGUCCCCUGUGAGAUCCGGAAGCUGAAGGAGCGGAUCCGGGAAGAGAUCGACAAGUUCGGGAUCCACGUGUACCAGUUCCCUGAGUGUGACUCGGACGAGGACGAGGACUUCAAGCAGCAGGACCGGGAACUGAAAGAGAGUGCGCCCUUCGCGGUAAUCGGCAGCAACACGGUGGUGGAGGCCAAGGGGCAGCGAGUCCGGGGGCGACUGUACCCCUGGGGGAUCGUGGAGGUGGAGAACCAGGCGCACUGCGACUUCGUGAAGCUGAGAAACAUGCUCAUCCGCACACACAUGCAUGACCUCAAGGACGUGACAUGCGACGUGCAUUACGAGAACUACCGCGCACAGUGCAUCCAGCAGAUGACCAGCAAACUAACCCAGGACAGCCGCAUGGAGAGCCCCAUCCCCAUCCUGCCACUGCCCACCCCCGACGCUGAGACGGAGAAGCUUAUCAGGAUGAAGGAUGAGGAGCUGAGGCGCAUGCAGGAGAUGCUGCAAAAGAUGAAGCAGCAAAUGCAGGACCAGUGACCCCUCCCCAGCCCUACGUUGCCAUGGAUAUACUGCCAGUUUCUGGACUGGCCUUUUCCACUCCUGGACCCCGACUGGCCUGGAUUCGACCCUGGAUUCAUCUGGACCUCUGACAGGCCUGGAAGCAACCCCAAUCCCAGAGUGGCCUAGACCCAGACUGUUCCCGACCUGACCCAGAGACGUGGGGUCACCACCCCAGCCAUCCCUAAUUUAUUCUCAGCAUCAGCCCCUCCCCUCACUUGUAUCUGUUUCCAUGGGGCCUGGGCAAUGGCCCCCACUCUGGCCUUGGAGGAGCAGGAGCUGGUUGGGCUGUGACUUUUGAGAACCCCCCCCCCAACCCCCCCAUCUCAGAAGGUCACGGCCCUCAGACUCCAGGCCCUACUCAGGCAAAAGAGGGGAGCAGAUCCCCAGGGUCUCGGACCUAUUCCCCCACCCAGUGUCACAGCACAGACUCGGGAGCUGUGUCCCCUGCUCCCGCGGGCCGCCCAGCACAUGCCGAGACCUCACUUGGUGUGGAUGCAGGCCAGGUCCUCUCUUCCCUCCUCACCCGGGAGCUCAGCAGGCAGAUGGAGCACCCUAGGCACUUAGGGCCCCUCCAGGCCUAAGGAGGCCAGGAUGGAGCAGGGGUUGGGAUGCAGUGAUAGCCCGUGCCCCUCCCCCACAGCUGUGGUUUGGGGAGGGCUCCAGGAGCAGUGGGCUGUGGGCCGUCCCCUGGCAACCCCAUGCCUAGACUGCUGUUCCCUGCCUGUGGCUGGGGGUCCUGCUCCCCAGCAUCAUUGUUGCCCUGGGUUCCCGAGCCCUUGGCCCCGUCCACCAUCCCCCCACUCCCCCGCAUGAACCCCUUCCCCAAGCCCCAUUCUCCAGUUUUGUUAAGUUGUGAAUGCCCUCCUGUCCUGGUGACGGGAGAACAAUGUUGGUGAACGUC